AUGGCGGCAACGACUGCAUCGGCCGAAGAGGGUGGCAAAGGCAGAACCUGCGGGACUCUGUGCGACGCAGCGUCGACGGACAGCCGGAAAAGGGAGAAUAACUGGGAGCAGCCAGGGCCUGCUGCAUUCGACUUUCGCAGCGACAUCAUGACCACGCCGACGGCGCGGAUGCUCGAUGCCAUUGCCGCCGCUACCCUCCUGGACGACGACUUUCGACAAGAUCCCACGACGCUGGGGCUCGAGUCCUGGGUCGCGGAACUGACGGGCAAGGAGGCAGGUCUCUUUGUCGUCAGCGGAACCAUGGGCAACCUCCUCAGCGUCAGGACGCAUCUCCAGGGCCCGCCGCACAGCGUCAUGUGCGACCACAGGAGCCACAUGGUCACGCACGAGGCCGGCGGCGUCGCCAGCCUCUGCGGCGCCAUGGUGCAGACGGUCGAGCCGGCCAACGGGCGCUACCUGACGCUCGAGGACCUGGCAAGGAAGCUCAACAGGGGAGCGCUGGUGACGGACUGCCCGACGAGGCUGAUAUCGCUCGAGUGUCCCCUGGGCGGCGUCGUCAUGCCCCUUUCGGAGUGUCGGAGAAUCAGCAGCUGGGCCCGCGAGCACGGCGUCCUGAUGCAUCUCGACGGCGCUCGCCUGUGGGAGGCCGUGGCAGCCGGAGCAGGGUCCUUGGAGGAGUACUGCGCGUGUUUCGACAGCAUCAGCCUCUGCUUCUCCAAGGGCCUCGGAGCUCCCAUCGGGUCCAUCGUCGUCGGGAGCCAGGCGUUCCGCGAGAGGGCCCGGUGGCUGCGCAAGUCCAUCGGCGGAGGCAUGCGCCAGGCGGGAGUUGUGUGUUCCGCAGCCCGAGUCGCCGUCGAGGAUACCUUUCUGGGGCGCAAGCUGGAAGGGGCGCACGCGCGCGCGAGACAGAUUGCCCGCGUGUGGGAGGGACAUGGCGGCAGGCUGCUUUACCCGGUCGAGACGAACAUGGUCUGGCUGGACGUCGACGCUGCAGGGAUGAGCGAGCAGGAAUUUGUCGACAAGGGCGAGGCCUUCGGGCUCAAGCUCAUGGGGCGGCGCCUGGUCGUCCACUACCAAAUUGGAGAGGAGGCGAUCCGCCGGCUGGAGGACCUUUUUAGGAGCUGUCUUGUCUGGACCGAGUAG